AAUAAUAGUCAAGUUUACAGAGCAGACAACAAAGGUUGUUGUCAAAUAAUAGUCCACCAGAAAAGACUAGGAGGAGUCCCUUCCCUUCCGUAACCCCAAGUGACGAGCUGUCCUAUUAAGGAAAGAAAGGUGCGGCCUUUUUUCUUGAAGAGCUUGAGCGGGGAGAAGGAGUUAUAAAAACAGGGGCUUUCUUUUCUUCUGCUGAAAAGGAAUUUUUAACGCUGCACCUGCAGUAAAGAGAAGAGAGAAAAAGGGUUAACGCAGAGAAAGAAAGGAGGAAGGAUAUACAAAGUACAGACAUUUGUUUGUGGGGGACUGCUACUCUUAAUAACAACACUCUUUUUGCCCACACUCUUAUUAGAGAGCGGUUGGCUUUCCCUUCUUUUGCAGAUUUGGAUUUGGUGGUGGCUUCUUUUCUCACUAUUUUCGUGCCUAGAAUUCUGUCAUUUUUAACUGGGUAUUGUUCCAUUCCUCUCUCUACACCUCUUGUUCCUGUCCCUCUCUCUCGUGUCCAAGCCCAAACCCAUCUCUGUUUCAUGGUUCAUGGUGGUUGUGUAUUGAAAAGUUUUGGUUUUUGUUUUCUAGUACAGUGGGAAGAAGGCAAAGAUGGCGGAGGGGGAGAAACCUGAAGUUUUGGAGGCUGUGUUGAAGGAAACUGUUGAUUUGGAAAACAUUCCCAUUGAAGAAGUGUUUGAGAAUCUGAGAUGUAGCAGGGAAGGUCUCACAACUCAGGCUGCUGAUGAGAGGCUUGCAAUUUUUGGGCACAAUAAACUUGAGGAGAAAAAGGAGAGCAAGGUCCUCAAGUUCCUGGGUUUCAUGUGGAAUCCCUUGUCAUGGGUUAUGGAGGCAGCUGCAAUCAUGGCUAUUGCUCUUGCUAACGGAGGAGGAAAGCCUCCGGAUUGGCAAGAUUUUGUUGGUAUUAUCACGCUCUUGGUGAUCAACUCCACUAUAAGUUUUGUUGAAGAGAACAAUGCUGGUAAUGCGGCCGCCGCUCUCAUGGCUAGUCUAGCGCCCAAAGCCAAGGUGCUUCGUGAUGGGAGGUGGAGCGAACAAGAUGCUUCGAUUUUGGUUCCUGGUGACAUCAUCAGUAUCAAACUUGGAGACAUCAUUCCAGCUGAUGCUCGACUACUAGAAGGAGAUCCUCUCAAAAUUGACCAGUCUGCUCUCACUGGGGAGUCUCUUCCCGUGACAAAAGGUCCUGGAGAUGGUAUAUAUUCUGGUUCCACCUGCAAACAAGGAGAAAUUGAAGCCGUGGUUAUUGCCACCGGCGUUCAUACCUUCUUUGGCAAAGCAGCACAUCUAGUGGACACAACUAACCAAGUUGGACACUUCCAAAAGGUGUUGACAGCAAUUGGAAACUUCUGCAUUUGCUCAAUUGCCGUUGGAAUGAUUGUAGAGAUUAUUGUCAUGUACCCCAUCCAAGAUAGACAAUAUCGUCCGGGGAUUGACAAUCUUCUUGUGCUUCUCAUUGGAGGAAUACCAAUAGCUAUGCCUACUGUCUUGUCUGUAACGAUGGCCAUUGGUGCUCAUAGACUAGCUCAGCAGGGAGCUAUCACAAAGAGAAUGACUGCUAUCGAAGAGAUGGCAGGCAUGGAUGUGCUUUGCAGUGAUAAGACUGGAACAUUGACUUUGAACAAACUUACGGUUGACAAGAAUCUUAUUGAGGUGUUUGCAAAGGGAAUUGAUGCUGAUACUGUGGUUUUGAUGGCUGCUCGAGCCUCAAGAACGGAGAACCAAGAUGCAAUUGAUGCAGCCAUUGUCAAUAUGCUGGCUGAUCCAAAGGAAGCACGCGCUGGAGUUCAGGAGCUUCAUUUUCUCCCAUUUAAUCCUACUGACAAGCGGACAGCCUUGACAUAUUUGGACAGUAAUGGUAAAAUGCACAGAGUCAGCAAAGGAGCCCCAGAGCAGAUUCUGCAUCUUGCACACAAUAAGUCAGAAAUUGAACGAAGAGUGCAUGCUGUGAUCGACAAGUUUGCUGAACGAGGCUUAAGGUCUCUUGCUGUAGCAUAUCAGGAAGUUCCUGAAUGCAGAAAAGAAAGUCCCGGAGGCCCAUGGCAAUUCAUUGCUCUACUGCCCCUCUUUGAUCCACCCAGGCAUGAUAGUGCAGAGACUAUAAGGAGGGCUCUCAAUCUUGGUGUCAAUGUCAAAAUGAUAACAGGUGAUCAGCUAGCAAUAGGAAAGGAAACUGGGCGCCGUUUGGGAAUGGGAACCAACAUGUAUCCUUCGUCUGCAUUGCUCGGACAAGUAAAAGACGAGUCUAUUGCUGCUUUACCAGUGGAUGACCUGAUUGAAAAAGCUGAUGGUUUUGCUGGAGUCUUCCCUGAGCACAAAUAUGAGAUAGUCAAGCGGUUGCAAGCUAGGAAACACAUUUGUGGGAUGACUGGUGAUGGAGUCAAUGAUGCUCCGGCUCUCAAAAAGGCUGACAUCGGUAUUGCUGUUGCUGAUGCGACUGAUGCUGCCCGUAGUGCUUCUGAUAUCGUUCUUACUGAACCGGGUCUUAGUGUCAUAAUUAGUGCUGUCUUGACAAGUAGAGCCAUCUUUCAGAGGAUGAAAAACUACACAAUCUAUGCAGUCUCAAUCACCAUACGUAUAGUGCUUGGUUUCAUGCUACUGGCUCUGAUAUGGAAGUUUGAUUUUCCUCCUUUCAUGGUUCUAAUCAUUGCCAUUCUCAAUGAUGGUACGAUAAUGACCAUAUCCAAGGAUAGGGUGAAACCAUCUCCACUACCCGACAGUUGGAAGCUGGCUGAGAUAUUCACCACUGGAAUUGUUCUAGGUAGUUACCUUGCAAUGAUGACGGUGAUAUUCUUCUGGGCUGCAUACAAGACCGACUUCUUCCCGAGGACAUUUGGAGUUUCCACCCUGGAGAAAACAGCGCACGAUGACUUCCGAAAGCUUGCCUCGGCAAUUUACUUGCAAGUGAGCACCAUCAGUCAAGCGCUCAUCUUCGUGACACGGUCCAGAAGCUGGUCCUUUGUGGAGCGCCCGGGUGUCUUGCUGGUUGUGGCUUUCAUCAUUGCUCAGCUGAUUGCUACUCUGAUUGCAGUUUAUGCAAGCUGGAGCUUUGCUGCAAUUGAAGGAAUAGGUUGGGGGUGGGCUGGCGUGAUUUGGCUCUACAAUAUCAUAUUCUAUCUCCCACUAGACCCGAUUAAGUUCUUCAUCCGCUACGCUCUCAGUGGGAGGGCAUGGGAUCUUGUCAUUGAACAAAGGAUUGCUUUCACGAGGCAAAAAGAUUUCGGAAAGGAACAAAGAGAGCUACAAUGGGCCCAUGCACAGAGAACACUCCAUGGAUUGCAAGCACCUGACACCAAGAUGUUCACUGAGCGAACUCAUUUCACCGAACUCAAUAACAUGGCUGAAGAAGCUAAGAGGAGAGCUGAAAUUGCUAGGCUGAGGGAACUACACACGCUGAAGGGUCAUGUCGAAUCGGUGGUGAGAUUGAAGGGACUCGACAUAGAGACCAUUCAACAGGCUUACACUGUCUGAAGAUCAUUCAUCGACAUAUACCGAGAAUACAAGUGAGUUACUGCUGGGAUUAGAAAAUGAGAGGGAGCGGUUGGGGGCAAUGUUGUGUGCGUACACUGCCAUGAAAUCGCAGCAACAUGCUCCACUCGAAGAUGAUCUUUGUUCUUUUCUUUUUGCCAGUAGCCAUGUCUAUAUAUAUAUAUAGAUAUAUAUAUGUUAAUUGUUGCUGAAGAAGUAUGUUACUGCUUUUUUUGUUUAGUAUUAUCAUGAUGUAUAAACUCAGGUGAUAGCUUUGGCGACUUAUCAUCAUCAACGGCCGUUACUUAUGCAGUUAUGCUUCUCUUUAAGCACAGUUGUCCUCUGUCCAUUCUGUUAUGCAGCGCUAGCAUUUUAUUUGUGUUUAAUUGAUCUAAAGGAGGAGUUAAAUGGUCAGAAGUCAAGAGGACAAAGGCACAAAACUCUCAACUCUCAAGACUUAGUGGCAUCAGGUGGGUUCUCCCCAAAGGUACGAGCGGGCUCGUGCACCUUUUAGGUUAAUCCAAAUCAAUACACGUACCAGCAAAGUUCAUGACUCAUGAGGCACUUGAUUACAAGCUUAUAGGAUAUGACCCGGUAACUUGACAGGAGGUUUGCAUGUUAGAUUCUGAUCAAAAGAGGGAAAAAUCUGAAGGAUUGUUUGCUUCUAUAGAGGAGUUUUUUUUUCCUAUAUAAGAGGGAUUUUCCUUAAUUGUUGGUUACGGGAUCAUAAUACAAAUAUUUUUGAUAAACCUGCAAAUGAACCAACGGAUGAGGAUGAGGAGGUACUUACGGGCAAGCACAUGAGGCACUUGAUUACCAUCUUUCAAUUUCCGACUUGAUAACUUGAUGCAUUCGUACAAACAAGCUCACGAGUCACUUGAUUAUCAUCCUUUCAUCUUCAACCUAAUAGCUAGAUGUAUACGCACGAGCAUUACAAUCUUCUAUGCUUCAGCUUGAUAAUUUGAUAUAACUAGCAAAGUCCGCUCGCUUCGCUUCGCGUCAAGAGGACCAUAUGAGAAAAUAACAUGGAAGAAUAAUAAUGUCAAAUAUUC